ACGUUGUCGUCGACGUCGCCGCCGUUGUUGCUGCUCGAGCUUCGUAAGCAGCUCGUCAUUGAUUUUUUAUUUUUUCCAACGCAGUUCAGCAAACGGCAGUGAAAAAAUUUUGUGCAGUUCAAAUAAAAUUCCCUAACAUCAUAAAUUGUUGCAAUUAAUUGCAAAUUUGCAGGAAAUUUGCAAUUAUGGGCGACAAUGAGCAGAAAGCGCUGCAAUUGAUGGCUGAAGCCGAGAAGAAAUUGACACAACAAAAGGGUUUUCUCGGUUCGCUAUUUGGUGGUUCGAAUAAAGUGGAAGAUGCCAUCGAAUGUUACCAACGCGCCGGCAACAUGUUCAAGAUGUCCAAGAAUUGGGCGAAGGCUGGUGAAUGCUUUUGUGAAGCCGCUAAUUUACAUUCGCGUGCCGGUAGUCGUCACGAUGCCGGUGUUGCAUAUGUAGAUGCGUCGAAUUGCUACAAAAAGAUCGAUGUGGAAGGCGCUGUCUCAUGCCUGCUAAAGGCUAUCGACAUCUACACCGAUAUGGGCCGUUUUACCAUGGCAGCAAAGCAUCACCAGAGCAUUGCUGAAAUGUAUGAAAGCGACCCAGGCACGCUGGCCAAAGCUGUGCAGCAUUACGAACAAGCUGCCGAUUACUUUAAGGGCGAAGAAUCGGUGAGUUCAGCCAAUAAGUGUAUGUUAAAGGUAGCUCAAUAUGCCGCACAGCUAGAAGAUUACGAAAAAGCUAUCAAUAUCUAUGAGCAGGUUGCCGCUUCAUCGUUGGAAAGCUCACUGCUCAAGUAUAGCGCUAAAGAGUAUUUCUUCCGUGCUGCUUUAUGUCACCUUAGUGUGGAUUUAUUGAAUGCUCAACACGCUAUUGAGAAAUAUGCGCAGCAAUAUCCAGCAUUCCAAGAUUCGCGUGAAUUUAAGCUCAUUAAGGUGCUUUGCGAACACUUGGAGGAGCAAAACAUCGAAGGCUUCACAGAAGCAGUUAAAGAUUAUGAUAGCAUUUCACGCUUGGAUCAGUGGUAUACCACAAUAUUGCUUAGAAUUAAGAAAGCAGCCGAUGAGGAUCCCGAUUUACGAUAAAUUUACCAUUAAAUUUACUAAUUAUAUAAAACAAGUAAUAAUUAUUCCAAAUAGUGAACGUAUAAAAAAGCAAACAAAAAUACACAAACGUAAUUUUCAAAUUUCACCAACACAGGACCAUAGUAACCACAAAUAAAUAUAUAUAUAUUUUUUUUUUUUUACAUUAACAAGUAACCCCAGUUAAUUAUUAGCUAAAUAAAGCAAGAAAAAUCGAAUUAAUCAUUAUAAAAAUACAUCAACUAAAUAGAUAUACAGCUAUUCUUUUACAGACAGUACCACCAAAACACAUAAACAUCAACACUAACCACAUACAUACAUCUACACAACAAAAAUCCACUAAUUACAGCAGACAGACUCCAAUUGCUAAUAUUUCGUAUAAAAGAAAAAAUAUUCAACAUUAUUACUAUUAUUAUUAUAAAGGAAUAGAAGCAAUAUUAGCUUCAUAUUACCGAAAACAAAAAUAAACAUAUUUUAUUUUAAAAUUUCAUAUUGUGUAAUACAAAAUGUAAUAACUGCAUGCAUUGAAUGGCAAAACAAACGCAUGUAGUUAGCAGAAUUUAAAACGCAUGGGAAAUGGAAAUUUU